AUGUUUAAUCAAAAUGCUGGUAACGAUAAUUACAUUCGUCAAAACAUGAAUUAUCAUCACAUUCAUCAAAAUUCCGGAGAAAUUCAUCAAAACAUUAUAAUUGUAAUUGGUGACAAUAAUCCCGUUCACCAAAAUACAUUUCAUAAUACAAUUUAUCAAAACCACGAGGACGUUUAUCAACAUGUCAGUGGCAAUAAUUCCAAUCAUCAAAACAUGCGUUAA